AGCACAUUUGUCCGCUUCACUUAACUCUAAUUUUGUAAGCCUAUAGGGUAGUGCUGGAUCAUGUGACUGUGUACCUGCAAGUUUUAGCUUUUUGCGUUCUGUCUGGCCUUCCCCUGAACAUGUCGUGACUGGUGAAGAUCUUUGCAAGUUGUGUAGACGACCCAUUUUCUUCUCUGCAUCCAAUAUUUUUUUCAUUGUUAACAUAAUUACCCGUGAGAACAUUCAUAAUGUUUUGAACAACAUCUUUAACAGUGUGACAACAGUCUGGUAAGCUUUCUUUUACGCGGUUAUGUCCCGGUAGCUUAGCGAGAGCAUAACUCUUUUUACAACCAGUCAAUUUGUUUUAUAAAAACAAUAAUAAAUAAGCACAUAUGUUAGAUCCCCUAUUUCUAUUUGCAAUAUUUAAAUAAAAAAAUGCUUUCAGAAAAUGGUGUAACAUUUGAGAUGCUCCUUGAAUUUACUGAAGAAGAUGUCAAAGACGUUUUCCCAAAAUUUUCGGAUCGAUUCCAAGUCAGGAAGUUCUUAUCCAUGCGUAAAGAGCAUAAAACACCGAUAUAUGCUGAUGACAGUGAAGGUACUGUACAUGAAUCGAAGCAAGAAUUGGACAGUUCAAUUGUAUCUGAAUCUGACAUUAGUGUUAUUGAUGAAAGUAAAAUCUCUACUGCAAAUCGAUUUACUGCUGAUGAAAUGCUUGAGAGAAAGAUUAAAAGAGGAAAACCAACACCUGAACAGCUAUUUUUUCGCAAUUUGCUAAGGGAUGCAGCAGUAAGUGCCAAUGUUUGGAAACGUGCCCCUCCCCUUGCAGAAGUCUCAGACAAUAAGAAAGUAUUAUUCUUUGCCGCAUUUGAAGUUUCACCACAGCUUUUGCGUCACAAAAAAGAAUUAUGGAAAAGACUUGGAGAGAGUCUACAGAACAGACGGAAAUAUUUGCUGGACAAGCAAAUGGGGAAAAGGUCGAAAAAAAAAGGUACCAGUACAAAUGGAAAAGCCUAAUGAAGAGCUUACAGUUGGAGAUAAUGUGUACCUCCUCUCCAGUGAAAAAGAACACGUUGGGGAAGGGAUUUUAAUUAAAAGAGGUAACAUGUUUUCUGAAGUGGUGGUGAAGAAAGUGAUGAAAGAAGCAGAGUUACCGAACCCAGUUAAUGGACAAACCAUUCUAAAUGAAACUUUGAUAAAACAUAUUAUUCAGUGGAAAACAUGUAGAUUAGAUAGUAAAAAAAUAAAAUAUGUGGCAAAACAAAGAAAGUCUACUACCAAGAAAAUUGAAACACAUGUGGUAAAAUAAGCAGAGUCCAUGAAACAACCUUUUACAGAGAGCAGUAAGA